AUGAGUCAACAGAAUAAUAGGGAGGGGGGUUCAGGCAUAGCGAGGAAUAUACUUCAGACUCCACGCUCACCUUCCAGGUCAACUCGUCGAAGAGAUCCUCCCAGGAUGGACGAAGGGGUCAGUUUUUCAUCUACUUCACCAAGGCGAAGAAACCAAAAAUCAAUUUUCAGUGAUCGUUAUAUCCCUAAUAGGACUGGAGUGGACUUGCAAGCAGCAUUUAGUCUCUCCAAUGAAGAGGUAUUACCUAAUUUAAGAAAUAAAAGUGCCGAUAAUGAAAUAGAGAUCAGGAAAGAGGAAGAAGCAAACAGAACCUUUUCAACAGUCUUGAAGGCAGAGCUAUUUGGUGAUAACGUUCCGAUGGCAACAGCAGAUUUGACUCCUAGUAGUAGAGGUGCCUCUAAACAACCACGACCAAACAGCACUGGAACUUCAAGUACUAGUUCAACUUCUCAAUUACCAGGUUCAACAUCUAUGCCUGAUAUGCAAAACACUCACGCAAACAGUGGCUCCAGAACGCCGCCACCAAGAACUUCAUCAGCACAUAAUUUAUCCACAACUGCUAUUAAUCAUGAUCUCGAAGAUAACAUAACAAACACGCCAAGACGAAAGACGAACUUGUUCACUUACCAAUCACCCCAAAAGACAAGACCAAUAUCUCGAGAUUUACAGAACGAACUUUAUUCUUUAUCUCCCGUCCGCCAGGAAUCACAGAAAUUGUUAUUGUCACCUCAGAAAAAGCCCCGAAACAUCUCGAAGGUUCCUUAUAGAGUUUUGGAUGCGCCCGAACUUUCGGAUGAUUUUUAUUUAAAUUUAGUAGAUUGGGGUCAGCAGGAUGUUUUAGCAGUAGGAUUAGGUGAUAAUGUCUAUUUGUGGGAUGGUGCGACGCAGUCUGUUGACAGAUUAUGCAACUUGUCUAAUAAAGAUAAAGUGACUAGCUUAAGUUGGAUUGGUUCUGGAACUCAUGUAGCUAUCGGUACAUCGAAAGGUUUAGUUGAAAUAUGGGAUGCAACAAAGAUGAAAUGCGUUAGAACUAUGACGGGACAUAAUCUCAGAGUAAGUUCUUUGGCGUGGAAUGAACAUAUUCUCUCUAGUGGAUCUAGAGAUCGCACCAUAUUAAAUAGAGAUGUGAGAAUGGAGAGCCACUACGUUAAUAGAUUUGAAAGUCACAAGCAGGAAGUAUGUGGACUCAAAUGGAAUUCUGAGAAUAAACUAGCAAGCGGUGGUAAUGAUAAUAAGUUGUUCAUUUGGGAUGGUCUAAACACCAAGCCGCUAUAUGAAUUUAAUGAUCAUACUGCCGCUGUUAAGGCCAUUGCCUGGUCUCCACACCAGAGAGGUAUACUUGCAUCUGGCGGGGGUACGGCUGAUAAAACCAUCAAAACUUGGAACACCUUAACUGGAAAUUUAGUACAUGACGUUAAUACUGGUUCUCAAGUCUGUAAUCUAAUUUGGUCUAAAAACUCUAAUGAAUUGGUCUCCACUCAUGGUUACUCAAGGAACCAGAUCAUUGUAUGGAAAUAUCCGUCAAUGCAGCAGCUUGCUCAGCUCACUGGACAUACUUACCGAGUUUUAUAUCUCUCAUUGUCGCCUGACGGUGAGACUAUAGUCACAGGGGCUGGGGAUGAAACAUUGCGUUUCUGGAAUGUUUUCGAAAAGAACAAGAAUGAGGGGCCACCUUCUUCGGUCUUAUUGGAUGCCUUUUCUCAACUUCGUUAA